AUAUUGUAUAAUCAAUUUAAUAUAAAUAUGGGAGCAAAUAGCUGCUGUACAAAGCAGAGCAUUAAAGAUAAAGGAAAAGUGAAUGCUACUCCUUCAAGAACCGUGAGUAGGAGCAAGACAACUCUGAACAAAAAGAUUUUUGACAAAAUAGCUGAAGAGGCCAAAAAGAAAAAUGCAAGGGCCUCUAAAAUUCUUGACAAAAAAUCAAACUUUAGCAAUUUUGAUGUACACAACAACCUAAAGAAGCUGAGAAGGAAUAUGACACAGUACAAGAUUAAGUCUGGUGAAGAGCAAGAAGAGAAGGAUGAGCCAAAUGAUUCCAGCUUGCCUCCCAUAGUCAAAGAUGGAAGCUCAAAGACACUUAGUGAGACCCCUAAACUUGCUUUUAAGACAGAGGAGAUUGAUAAGGCUAUGGAAGAAGGUGAACAUCCAUCAGUCUCUUUUGAAGAAGAAGAGUUUAAAGGAAUAAGGGAUAGAGAAAUUAGAGAGUCAGAGGAAUCUAAAGGUUGUUAUUCAGACAAUGAGAAAGAAUAUGAUCUUGGAAAUGUGAUUACAAUGAACCAGACUGGGAAAAUUUCCCGUGCAUUGCAUUUCAAUACUGCAAAGCUAAUAAUUGUUAGAACUCUCGAGUAUUCUUCUCUAUCUGAGGAUCAACUGAGAGCAAGGCUUGACUACAUUCAGGAAAAUUUGGAUCUUUUGAGUGAAAUAAAGUCCCCAAAUAUUAUCGAAUUCAUCUGUGCGGAUCAGGAUUAUGAAAACUGCUCGAUUAAUGUUGGAAUGGAGUUCGUUCCUGGAGGCUCUCUUCAGAACAUACUUAAAUAUUUCGGAACUUUCAAGGAAAAGUUAGCUAAAAUAUAUAUCAUACAAAUUUUGGAUGGGCUUCAUAAUCUUCACAAUAAUGGAUUCCUGCAUGGAGACUUGAAACUAAGUAAUGUGCUUGUGGAUGAUGUCGGUAUUGUAAAGCUUGCUGAUUUUGCAUUUUUGAAACAAACCUUCUUACUAGAACAAGCUGAUGAACCUCCAGAGGCUUUUAGAUCAAUAAUUACUCCUCUCAUUCAUUCAGAGGGUAUCAUUACUCCAGAGAUGUGAAAGCAAGAUUUUUAUCAUCCAGAUUCUAGUUUUGAUAUAUGGUGACUUGGGUUAAUUCUGUAUGAGAUGCUGGCAGGAAGACCAUUAUUUAGCAUUUUUGAGGGCCAGGAAGAGAAGCUGCAUUCCUUUCUAAAGGAGUUAGAUGAACCUCCUAUUAUUGAUAUAAAUUGAUCUAAAAUGUGUCAAGACUUUCUCUACUGAUGACUUUGUGCAGACCAUACAAAAAGAGCUACAGCUGAGGAUCUCUUAAAUCAUCCAUUCCUUUCAUUAUCAACAGAAGAAAGAAGAGAGUCUCAGGAUGCUUCAAAUUUCAUCUCGUUCUUCUCCAUAGUAGCAUCACAAGCAAGUGUGAAUGGAGAUCAGACAAUGUCGAACGUGGGAGUUUCAAUAGAUAAUUCUGAUAAUAUGCUUCAUGAUUCAUGAAGUAAUCCCAUUGUAAGUCGAACAAUGAGAAGGCAAGUUGGAACAGAAAAGGUAAACCUUGCAGGAUCUAUUGGCCAAAAUCUCCCUUCAGUAGACUUAAGAGUCUCUGCAGGUGUGUAUAAGAAAUUUCAGACCAAUAAGAAGAACAAAAGCAUUCUUAGCACAGGAGGGAUUAAUUUUGAAGGUCUCACCCAAAUGUCAGAUAAUUUCAACAUGGGAGAAUACACUAAUAAUAGCCUACAUGAGAGUGUCGAGCAGAUGCAGACUGGAAUUACAGGCAAAGAACCUUCUAAAUUUAAGAGCGGUAAUAAACUAUUCCUUAUUCUUCGUAAACUAAGGGAGCCUCCAAGCUCUUAGAUUA